UCUGUCAGUGAAGCAUCCAUAAGUGACAUAGCAUCUCUGAUCAAGAGUCGAUACACUGAGCAGUCAGGGAUUGUGUAUGUUUUUUCUCAGAAAGAUGCUGAGCUAGUGGCAUCUGAACUCCAGAAAAAAGACAUCUUAGCAUAUCCCUACCAUGCUAACAUGGACCCUGAGGACAAGUCCCGAAUUCACCGUAAAUGGACCUCCAACAAAAUCCAGGUGGUGGUAGCUACAGUGGCGUUUGGUAUGGGCAUUGAUAAACCGGAUGUGAGAUUCGUUAUCCAUCACAGCAUCAGCAAGUCCAUUGAAAACUACUACCAAGAGAGCGGGCGUGCAGGUCGAGAUGACCUUCCAGCAGACUGCAUUGUCUAUUUUGGCUUUGCAGACAUCUUUAGGAUCAGCACCAUGGUGGUGAUGGAGAACACUGGUCAGCAGAAGCUCAAACAGAUGUUAGAAUACUGCCAGAACAUUGACAGGUGCAGGCGCUCUCUCAUGGCUGUUCACUUCGAUGAGGUUUGGGACGACGAGGGGUGUGAACAGAUGUGCGAUACAUGCCGCCAAGCCAAAGACCACGUCAAUUUGGAUAUAACGCAGCAUGCGAGGGAAGUGCUGCAUGUCCUGGAGCUGGCUGCCUCCAUGGAUGAGAAGCUGACACCCCUGAAGCUGCUGGAGGCCUGGAUGGGGAGGGGUCCUGCCAAGAGAAGGAAGAUGAUUCAGACCACAGCGCUGUCUCGCCCGCAGGCCGAGGCCGUGAUCGUCCGCCUGCUUCUUCAAGGAUACCUCAGGUGA